AUGAUCCCUGCAUACAUCCUGGCUACCUACGAAACGGUAAAACAAAUCAAGGAUGAUCUGGAGAGUGACAAGUUUCCAGCUGUGUGGGCUGGAGACGAGUUUGGGGCAGUGUUGCCAAUACACUUCAACAUAAACGACAAAACUGGGGCAGGAUUAGUGCUGGAACAUGUUAAAGGAGAGGGAGUGAAGUGGUAUGACAAUACAGUCGGGGUACUGACAAACUCUCCAACCUUCUCCUGGCACAUGAGCAAUCUCAGGAACUAUCCUCACUUCCAGAGGAAUGACAAAGGAAGAGAAGGGUUAAAAUACUCUUCCCAGGGAGAAGACUACUCGUAUGGCCCACAAUGGUCCGGAUCUGGAAUGUUGGGGCUACCUGGGGAUUACACGUCACCUUCGCGCUUUGUUAAGGCUGCUACUCUUCUCGCCCUGGCUCCAAAACCUGCCACUACUAACGAGGCUAUAGUCCAAGUUUUCCAUCAUAUGGCCGCGGCUGAUAUUCCCUACGGAGUUGUGGAGACUGGCCCACUGGACCUAGCAAUCUUCACCUGGUGGACUCUGGUUAAAGAUUUGGAACGGAGAUGUGUCUACUACAGGUCUUACACGGACUUGUCGGUGAAUAAACUGUGUUUGGAUGAUAUUUCUGGUGUGAAAUCUGCUGUGAAGAUGGAGGGGAGGUUUGAGGAUGGGUUCAAGGACAUUUCAGGAGAGUUGAAGGAUUUUGACACUGUUUUACUUGAUAGACAUUCCGAGCUGUAA